AUGGAUAAAAAUGAUAUCUUAAAUAGACAUGAUGAUUUUAAUUUGAGUGCUUAUGUUAAUUUUAUGGCAUUAAAAUAAGCAGCACUUAAAGAACAAGGUACUAAGGUUCCAGAAUUUAUAACUAAAAGUAAUUGA